AUUAUACUGAUAAAGAAGCGUCCGUUAGAACGGUGCUUUGUCAUAUUUAAUCAAACAAUGAAAUAAUGUAUUUUCUUCCAUUGGUUUUUUAUUUAUUUUGAAAGAAUAUACAUUUAAUAUUGUAAUAUAUAAUUUAUUUUGUUUAUAUUGAUAUUUAUUUGAAAUAUUUAAUGAUAAAUAUAUUACUUAUACUACUUUAAAGUAAUUCUCAUAUUUUAUUCCAUGUAACUAAAAACAAGAUGAGUAGUGAAGAAAGACUUGUCACAGAAGUUCCCAGUAGUUUAAAGCAAUUAGCACGUUUAGUAGUGCGUGGAUUUUAUACAAUAGAAGAUGCAUUAAUUGUUGAUAUGUUGGUUAGAAAUCCAUGUAUGAAAGAAGAUGAUAUUUGUGAACUUUUAAAGUUUGAACGUAAAAUGUUAAGAGCUAGAAUAUCUACAUUACGUAAUGAUAAAUUUAUACAAGUUAGAUUAAAAAUGGAAACUGGAUCAGAUGGAAAAGCACAAAAAGUCAACUAUUAUUUUAUUAAUUAUAAGACUUUUGUAAAUGUGGUUAAAUAUAAAUUAGAUUUAAUGAGAAAAAGAAUGGAAACUGAAGAAAGAGAUGCAACUAGUAGAGCCAGUUUUAAAUGUACAAAUUGUUUAAAAACUUUUACUGAUCUUGAGGCAGAUCAGUUAUUUGAUAUGACUACUGGUGAAUUUAGAUGUACAUAUUGCCGUGAAGUAGUAGAAGAAGAUCAGUCUGCCCUUCCUAAAAAAGAUUCAAGAUUAUUAUUAGCUAAAUUCAAUGAACAAUUAGAACCUCUUUAUAUUUUAUUAAGGGAAGUUGAAGGUAUCAAAUUAGCUCCUGAAGUAUUAGAACCUGAACCAGUUGAUAUAAAUACCAUUAAAGGUAUCGAUACAAGAAAACCAAGUAGUCUAAGAGCACCUGGUGAACAAUGGUCUGGUGAAGCUACAAGGUCAUCAUCUGGCUUCAUGGUAGAAGAUACAAGAGUAGAUGUUACAAUUGGCGAUGAUUCUAUUGAUGAUAAUGCAGCAAGCAGGAGAAAGGAAAGACCAAUUUGGAUGAUGGAAAGUACUGUUAUUAACGCUGAUUCACAGCCUGAUGGAGUUAACGCACAAGAAAAUAUUUUGGAUAAAGCUGCAGCUACUGCUACUAAUACAACCACAACUAAUAAUAAACAAGGGGAAGAUAUAAUGUCUGUAUUACUGGCUCAUGAGAAAAAAGGAGGAACAAAUUCAACAGCUGCUAUAAAAUCUGUAUUACCUCAAGAAUCUAGUGAUAGCAGUGACAAUGAAGAAGUUGCAGAAAUGCAAGCUAUUGAUACAGGAGAAGUAGAAACAAUGGAUUCUGAAGAUGAAGAUCUUGUACCAACUGUAACUGUUGCAGGAAAAACAGUUGCUAUUGCAGAUGUAAAUGAUGCAUUAAUAGCAGAAAUGACACCAGUGGAAAAAGAAGCAUAUAUUCAAACAUAUCAAGAAUAUUAUUCACAUAUGUAUGACUAAUCAAAAUGCAGUCAGCAUUGAUAAACAAUGCUUUACAAGACUGAGCUAUAAAAUAAAUAAUUUUCUGGGUUUGGUAAAUAUUCAUUUUUCUUAUUUUC